UUUCUGUACUUCUCCAUUGGCCGCACUUGCCAAGAAAGGAGAAGAUAAAUAUUGUCUCUCUCUAUCUCUCCCUCCGUGCGCUAUCAACUUCACAACACCAACACCACCUCCACUCUGUCUCUGUCUCUGUCUCUGUCUCUCUCUCUAGCUCAAGAUCUUCCUUGCUUUCGGUGCUUUGAAAAGCAAAUCUAAGGCUGCGGUUAAUAUUUCUCUGCUUUCACUACAGUAAUAUCCUCUCUCUCUCUCUCUCUCUCUCUCUCUCUCUCUCUAGUUUGAUUCUUUUCACUUGGAUCUCUAUUCUCUGUACCAAACAGACCUCAAAGUUCCGUUUAAUUACAGCUUAACAUAUAUCCUUGUGGCUAUAGUUUUUUUUUUUGGGUGGUUGUUUUUGUUUCUUAGUAGUAAGUAGCUUAUGCUUUGGUUAAGCUUUAUCUCCCUCGGUUGCUUCCUCCGCAAGAUCUUAUCCAAGUCUGCUUAGAAAUCAAGCUGAAAUUUUUCCCAAGAAAGUGAAAGAAAAUUCCCCAGAAUUUUCCAGGUAAAGCAGUGGCGUAUUUGUAUAAUAGUUGCGUAGCACUAAACAGUGCCAUGAGCCUUAACUUCUACUCCACUCUUAACUCUCAAGGGCUGUGAAGAAAGAAGAAGAAGAAGAAGAAACAGAGCAAAACAGAAGAGCAUUCGAUGGAUUCAAAUACCCCCGACAAUUAUCUCCCCCAACACCAACCCAGUUCUGGGUUAUUGCGGUUUCGCUCUGCGCCGAGCUCGGUCCUUGCUAAUAUCAUGGAGACAGAGGGCACUGAGUCAGAGAGAUUAAUAUCCAGAAUUUUGAAUUACGGUACUAGCAAUACGGAUUCAAUAGCUAUGAAGCGUGUGAGCUCCAACUCUCACUCCCAGGCCCAACAGCAGGGCUAUUGUGCGAGCUUGCCUCCCCAUUAUCCGAGACAGAGUCUUAGCCCCACUGCUAUGGACGAUGAUGAUAGCUCAUAUGGGUUGGUGGGUUCAAUGGCAAUGGACCACGACGUGCAAUCCAAAGCGGGUAAUCCAAAUAUCAUUAGGCAAAGUAGCUCGCCUGCUGAUCUUUUCUCCCACCUCUCUGUUCAAAAUGGCUAUGCCAUGAUGAAAGGAAUUGGCAACUACAGUAGGGUCAAUGGUACUAAUGGAGAUGUAAGUCCAUCUACAGACAGGUUGAAGAGUCAGCUUAGCUUCUCACCAAGAUUUCCUUCUUCACUAGGGAUGUUGUCACAAAUCUCUGAAAUAGGGAGUGAAAACCUUGGAGCAGAUAGUCCCGAUGAUGGAAAGCUCGGUAAUGGCAGUGUUGAUGCUCAUUUUUAUGGCCCUGGAGUCCCAUACUGUUCUUGGAAUGAUCCACCACAUUUUACAGAAAAUUUUACUGUCAUGAAAAGAGAGCAAGAUGAUGAUGGGAAACUAUUUGCUGCUAACCAGAAUGGAGGACUUGGAAAUCGGGUUAAUAUGUUAUCGCACCAUUUGAGUUUACCAAAGACUUCGUCAGAGAUGGUUGCCAUGGAGAAGUUCCUGCAAUUUCGAGAUUCUGUUCCUUGUAAAAUAAGAGCAAAGCGUGGUUGUGCCACUCAUCCUCGAAGCAUUGCAGAAAGGGUAAGAAGAACCCGGAUCAGUGAACGAAUGAGGAAAUUGCAAGAGCUUGUCCCAAACAUGGACAAGCAAACUAAUACAGCAGACAUGUUGGACUUGGCUGUUGAAUACAUCAAAGAUCUUCAGAAACAAUUCAAGAAUCCAGUCCAAAAUCAAAUUGCUUGAGUUGCUGCUGUACAGAAAAUAAGAGUGACGGAAAAAUGAAUGGAACCAGAUCAUAUUUCAUUUAUGUACCGAGCAAUAAAUGGAGGGAGCUUAAAAUAAAAUCUUUUCAGUUGGUGUGACAUAGAAAGUUGGUAGAGUUUUCACUACAAGAUUCAGGUCCUUUAAGCCGACAAGGCUUCCAAUUACAGAAUAUAUGAAAUAAUGGGAGAAGUUGUAUAGGAUAUGUAAAAAUAGUGCAAUCCUAGUUUAAUUUGGUAUAUCUUGUUUUUCUUAAUCAUUCUUAUUAGUUUGAGAAGUGAAAGUUGGCAUUCCUAACAUGAAAAAUAGAAGUUUUUCAUUUGGUGCUGGCUUUGAUUGUUCAUAUUCAUGAAGCUUGGUCUAUUUUAAA